GCCGUGCUUUGUCAGCAGUGUUUAAUCAUCUCCUGUACUAUGUCCGCAGUCUCUGGUCAUCUCCUGUACUGUGUCCGCAGUCUCUGGUCAUCCCCUGUACUGUGUCCGCAGUCUCUGGUCAUCCCUGUACUGUGUCCGCAGUCUCUGGUCAUCCCCUGUACUGUGUCCGCAGUCUCUGGUCAUCCCUGUACUGUGUCCGCAGUCUCUGGUCAUUUCCUGUACUAUGUCCGCAGUCUCUGGUCAUCUCCUGUACUACGUCCGCAGUCUCUGGUCAUCUCCUGUACUAUGUCCGCAGUCUCUGGUCACCUCCUGUAGUAUGUUCACAGUCUCUGGUCAUCUCCUGUACUGUGUCCGCAGUCUCUGGUCAUCCCCUGUACUAUGUCUGCAGUCUCUGGUCAUCUCCUGUACUAUGUCCGCAGUCUCUGGUCAUCUCCUGUACUAUGUCCGCAGUCUCUGGUCAUCUCCUGUACUACGUCCGCAGUC